AUGGACGAGGAGGCCUCUGAAGGGCAGCGGGGAGAUGGUGGCGGGCAGCCCCGGCGGUGCUCCCACUGCCUGUCGCAGAGGACUCCGCAGUGGCGAACAGGUCCGCUGGGACCGAAGACGCUCUGCAACGCCUGCGGCGUCCGCUUCAAGUCCGGGAGGUUGCUCCCGGAGUACAGACCGGCGAAGAGCCCCACCUUCGUGAGCUACAAGCACUCCAACUCCCACAAGAAGGUCCUCGAGAUGCGGAUGGCCACCCCCUCCCCACCCUCUCCCUCCUCCUGCUAA